UGCGCUUUUAUCCUCAGAUGACCUCAUGACUAAAACAAGGUCAAUAUCCUGUGUACUUCCGGCAUGAUGUUCGAGAUUCCUCCACCUCCGCUGCCGAGAGAUGGUGCCCUCUUUUAUCGGCCACCAGAAGUUGAGCUGUGCGAUGACGCCGCGCGUAAUGGCGAUCUAAAAAUGGUCAAAGAACUCGUCCAACAGCUCCUCCACAGCCCUCGGCCAUCGUCUGAGACCCUAAAGCCGCACCCGGGGUGGUUGUACAGCUCGAUCACCACCGCCAUCGAGCGCCAUGACCUCGACAUGGUGCAAUUCCUCCUCGACGAGAACGUCACAACCCAGGACGCCUUCCUCCCCUUUGAGGACGCGGUACGUUGUCGAGCUUUCGAGGUAUUAGAACUAUUCCUACAGCGUGGAUCGGAUAUCAAUAAACCCCUGCAUCGGAACGAACCGCCCGUGUUAAGCAUUCCUCUCUGCACCGGAGACAAAGAAAUGGUCAUCUGGCUACUCGACCGCGGCGCCGACCCCAAUGCACGCUGCGCCUGGGACUACACGCCGACAUCGCAAGCCAUGUUGGGGGCGCCGCUCGAUUUCAUAGACUACCUCUUCACCCGCGGCGCCGAUGCACGACGUGGAGAACUGCUGCAGUACGCCGUCCUGAGAGACACGCCCGAUGCAUUGGAUGUCGUGCGGCGCGCUGUGGAGCACGGUGCCCCGGUCAACAAGGUCAAGUACGAAGACGAGCCUAAAGUGUUCCGGGAGCGGGAGCCGUUUGGGUUGGGGACGCCGCUGCACCGCGCGGCGGAGUUUGGGAGAGUUGAGAUUGUGAAGUACUUGCUUAAGCAAGGAGCCGAUCCGUUAAAGUUGGAUAACAGGGGGAAAAAGCCGCGCUACUGGGCGGAUAUCAAGGGCCAUCCCGCCGUGGGGAUUGCGCUUAUUCAUGCGGAGGAUCAGUGGAGUAAGAUGCGGCCAAAGGAGAUGAGCAAUUUAUAGGUCGUAGGUGUGCUGUGGUGAGGCUUAAGCUGUGGCUACUGAUUUCUCCCUAUCACGGGUUUGCAGUGACGUCUAUUUGUAGACGAUGACCUGUCCUUGACAGCUAACAAAAGGAGAGUAAAGAAUAUGGCUAGCCCGUGUGCAUAGACAAAUUCGAUAAAUUUACAAAAUAGAUAUUAACUUCC